CCGGCGCUGCGGGAGCGGAGGAGCCGCGUGGUCGCGCUCCUGGACGAUCCACGCUGCACCUCCUGCUCCAGCGUCCUGGGCAGGGCACAGAGCCUGGAGCUGGGCGCCGACUACGGCAAGGUGCCGUCGGUGGAGAAGGUGUUGAAGGCGCUGGCCGGGCUGCCCCGAAGUGACUUUGCGGAGAUGAUUCGCCAGGGCAACGGCACCUUCAACUCCAUCCCGGAGCUGGCCGUGGAGAGGAUGGCGCAGGUCAUCCAGGAUCUGCGGGGCGAUUUGGCCCGCACGGCGGAGAAGGUUCAGUCCAUCGCCGACGGCUUCCCCCUCCCCGAUUACACUCGGCCGGUGAGCGAGGCGCUGCUGAAGGCGGAGCAGCGGAGCCAGCCGUACCUGCGGGAGGUGCAGCGCUUCGAGCGCUACAGGUGGAUCGCGGGCACGGUGCUGUGCUCCAUCAUCCUCCUCAUCCUCGCCUGCAACGUGACGGGAAUGGCCCUGGGGGCCUUCGGCCUCUCCAAGCGGGAGGAUCCCAGCGACUACGAGUGCCGAGCAGAAGCCGGCGCCAAAUUCCUCCUGCUCGGCGUCGCCUUGGCUUUCCUGUUCUCCUGGCUCCUCAUCCUCCUGGUUUUCGCCACCUUCCUGGUCGGGGGCAACAUCCAGACGCUGGUUUGCAGGAAUUGGGUCAACCAGGAGAUUUAUAAGUUCAUCGACACCCCCGGGAACCUCCCGCCCUCCAUGAACCUCACCCAGCAGCUCAACCUCCGGAGGGGCUCCAACCUCAGCUCCGCGUACCGGGAGUGCAGGAGCGGCGCGGGGCUCUGGGAGGUUCUGCAGCUCCACAGCCCCUACGAGCUGGAUGAGCACCUGAAAACCCCCAAGUACACGGCUGAUUUCCAAAAACGCCUGGGCGACUUCACGGCCAAGCUGGGGGACGUGAGGCUCCUCCGCAGCGAGGGCAGGCAGGACCUGGAGAGCUUCGCCCGCAGCGGGGUGGACGAGGUGGACUACGGGCGCUUCCAGGAGGAGAUGAAAAACCCCGUGGUGCAGAGCAGCCUGCCCGGCUUGGCCAGGAGCCUGGAGGGGCUGCAGAAAAUGCAGAGGAACCGCUCGGUGGCCGCGAGGCUCGCGGAGGAGGCGCGGGCGCUGUGGCACAUGCAGAACUCCACGGUGCAGUCGCAGGAGGCUUUGGUGGCGGAGCUGGGGGAAAGCGUCCGGGUCCUGUCCAGCUUGGCCCCGCACCUCAAGGAGCGCCUGAGGAAGACUUUGGCCAGCACGGCGGCCGUGCAAGCCCGGCUGCCCCAGCAAGCCCAGCAGAUCCUCCGGCAGGUGAGGCACGGCUGGGCCAGCAGAAUUCCCCGGGGAGGGAGGAGAGAGCAGAACCGGGAGCUGCGGGAGGGAACCGGGAGCCCUCGGCCUCAUUUCCCAGCCGGUUAGCCCGGGGUGGCUGGAGAGAGGCUGGAACCGGGCCGGGAGAGGCUGGAACCGGGCCGGGAGAGGCUAGAACCGGGCCGGGAGAGGCUGGAACCGGGCUGGGAGAGGCUGGAACCGGGCCGGGAGAGGCUGGAACCGGGCCGGGAGAGGGGAUGGAACCGGGAUGGGAGAGGCUGGAACCGGGCUGGGAAAAAGGGGAUGGAACCGGGCCGGGAGAGGAUGGAACCGGGCUGGGAAAGG